AUGGACGAUCCCGCCCCGCCUUCAAGCAGACGCAAGGCGCGACUGCUAUGGCGUAGCGAUCUGGUCCUCCUCGAUGGCACCCGCCUACCAGGACUAGCUAUCGUCUCCUACGCCAAUCCAUUUGGCGGUCCAAGCAGCAACGAUGGCGCGGGCAACAGCAAGAUCCACGAGGAUGAGGCCGACCUUUGCCUGGCGUUGGAGAUGCUGCGCAACCAGCCUUUACGGAUCUCAUCCUUGAUCACUGAUCGUGGACUCGUAACGGAGCCAACGUCUGUCGCCUACAGUCACAAGCAGACUCAGACGCACUGGGUCGCAAGCGGAGAUGUUCACAUGUACAUCGAUCCGCACGAGCCCGUCACUUCGAGCUUCUUCCAGCGCAUCUUUUGCUUCGAUGCUGACUUUGUCGAGGAUUUGGGCGCGAAGCGAUCCGCGCAGGUGGUUAUGGUCUCCCUUCAACCGUCUUUGCUAGCCCCUCUGGUCGACUCUGCCGCAUCGGACCCUUUCGCCAUUGUCAACACACCCACUGCUUCUCACUCCGAGUUCGCCAUCUUUGCCCAACCAAUGCCCACGUCAGAUCAUGACGGCAAUACUUCCAUGCCCAUUCGUCUCGUUCUCGGCCGCAAAAUCACCGUUCAUGCAAGAAGGAUAGCCGCAGGUAUCGCUAGCAAAGAGCUUUCGCGAUCGCGCAGCUUUCACAGACAGCAGAGCAUCGGCUCGCAAAGUCUCCAUGAUGUAUUCAGUCAAGCAGGCUUGUCGCUUCCAGCGUUCGGCGGUGUUCCCACUCUGGCAUCGAACACAGCACCUCGCCCGGAUGACCCACUUCCACGUGGCUCGAUAUCAGCGCUCCUACAAGCUCGAUCGAAACGUAAACCUUCGCACACGGAACGUCACCGAGGUGCUGAGCCCGCCCCGACAGCUAGCUUGACACCAAUCGCUUCAGCAGGCACACAUACGCCAGGUCGAAGAGGCGAGAAGCGUCGCUUGAACUCAGAUCGAAAGAUUGCAGGCAGUCCAAGUCUCAAAGAGGCUCUAGACGACGAAGAAGACGUCAAGCCUCUCCUCUCGCCAACAAAAGCUAUCAAGCAACGAGCCGAUUGCAUUCUAUCCGAAUUGCCUCGACUGAAUCUCGGCAAGCAGCCAAUGAGAGCCAUUGUUGCUCCGGCUCGAAGCGGAACUCAGCUACUCGACGUCAAGCCGGUCAAAACGGAGUCUGUUUCGCCAAAGCCCUUCCUGGUCGAUUCCAAUAUUCAGCGAGAUGAAAGCGUCGAAAAAACGAACCGCAACAUCAUCAAGAAGAUCGUUCACACUCUGCUAGUCCGCGAGCACGGCCUCACCAAGUCUGACGCAGACUACAUCGCAACUUACAACCAGACAUGUUCAGGUACUUGGUGCACAUUCCGCAACAUCGCAACUGUCAAACCGCUCGCUAAGGAUGCUGUGGAAAAUGUUGUUCGCAUUCAUCUAUCAUUGUACUUGUAUUCUAGCCAAUCUUAA